CGGCAUAGGUAUAAGACGUGCGAGUUACCCUUAAAUUUUUUAUAAUUUUAUGCCGUAAGUUGGACACCGAGCUACUAAAUCUAUGAUUAUACAAUUGCAACAAAUACUGAAGAAUAAAAGGACAUCAUAAGUUUCACCAAGGGGUGUAAGAAAACCCUAGAAAAUGUCCGAAUCACCAAGCAUGCCCGAUCCGGAUGACGACAUGGAAGAGUCCUUAGUGAUUGAUGAAGAUGCGGGAGCAACUCCUACUAAAAAGGGCAAAAAGAGGAAGGCAAAGGAACCAAAAGAGCCAAAGGAAAGAAAGAAAAGAGGCAAGAAAAAGAAGAAGCAUUUUGGAGAUGAAGAUGAUAUGGUAGAGUUCAACAGUGACACAGAUCUCAGUGGCCUCAUGGGGAAUGACACCGACUACACUCCAGAACCUGCGCCAAAGAAGAAAAAACGGACACCCAAGCCUAAACCAGCACCUCCGCCUGCUCAGGUAUAUUUUUGGAAAGUUAAACAUGCAAGAUUUUAUAUGUGUCUAAACCAAAGAUCCAAAUAAGAAAAUAAGAUGGCAGAUUUAAUUAAAUUUGAUUAAUUCAACCUAAUAUCCUUUCAGUAUAACAAUGUUCGAAUUUUAUGUCAUUAAAGGUUCAAGUAAAGUGAGAAUGCAUGGAAAUGCUGAACUUUACUCUAAAUGUAUCUGUUGAUGUACUACAAAUGUAUCUGUUGAUGUACUGCAAAUGUAUCUGUUGAUGUACUGCAAAAGUAUCUGGUGAUAUGCUGCAUAUGUAUCUGUUGAUGUACUGCAAAAGUAUCUGUUGAUGUACUGCAAAUGUAUCUGUUGAUGUACUGCAAAUGUAUCUGUUGAUGUACUGCAAAUGUAUUUGUUGAUGUACUACAGUUGAUGUAUGGUGUGAUGCACUGCAAAUGAAUCUGUUGAUGUACUGCAAAUGUAUGUGUUGAUGUAAUGCAAAUAUAUGUGUUGAUGUACUGCAAAUGUAUCUGUUGAUGUACUACACUUGAUGUAUGGGGUGAUGCACUGCAAAUGUAUCUGUUGAUGCACUGCAAAUGUAUCUUUUGAUGCACUGCAAAUGUAUCUGUUGAUGUACUGCAAAUGUA